AUGAAAAAUCAUUUGGACACUAUUAAGGAAUAUAAAGACAGUGACGGUACUCCAGACGUGUCACACAAGGAACAAUUGGUAUUCGUUAUAAGAUAUGUUUUUGAAAAUGCUGGGACUUGGGAUAUACAAGAACGAUUUCUAACAAUGGUUGACUAUGAAAAAAAAACAGGAGCUGAUAUUGCAAACAAAAUAGAAGAAAUUUUAGUUGAAUGCAAUUUAGAUUUAGCACUAUGCAGGGGUCAAGGUUAUGAUAAUGCAGCAAAUAUGUCUAGCAAAUACAACGGCGUGAAAAGUAAAAUAAUAGAGAAGUAUCCUCAAGCUUUGUUCUCACCAUGUAGUGCUCACUCUUUAAAUCUAUGUGGAGUACAUGCGAUGGAAACCAGCCUAGAAGUAAAAACAUUUUUUGGAAACAUUCAAAAGCUAUACAACUUUUUUUCUUGUAGUCCAUCAAGAUGGAAGAUACUUCAAGAAACUGCUGGUCUUUCACUACAUUCAAUAUCAACUACUAGAUGGAGUGCCAGAAUUGAUGCUGAUAGUCCAUUAUCUAAAAAUUAUUCCAGUAUUCUAAAUUCACUUGAUCGUGUUAAAAAUAAAAUUAAUCUACCUGCAGAUAAUCAAGCAGAAGCAGUUGGUCUAAUUUCAUGGUUACAUUCCUUUGAAUUUAUAUUGUUAACAAAUAUCUGGUACAAGAUUCUUCAGUGUAUUGAUGAUCGUAAUAAAAUUCUUCAAAGCAAAAAAACUUCAAUAGAUGAAAGUUCGAUGCAUUUUCAACAAUUAGCUACAGAAAUUCAACAGAUAAAAGUCUCUUGGAAUGAUUUAUUACUGGAGUCUCAAUCAGUAGCUUCCGCUUUGAAUUUAACGACAGAAUUUAGAUUAACUUCAAGAGUUCGAAGAAAAAAACAUUUUCACGAUGAUAUUUUAGAUGAACAGCCUUUCCAUGAUAUUGAAAACAAAUUUAAAGUUGAAGUGUUUGUAACCGUAUUAGAUAGGCUUUUAUCAGAUAUUUAUGGUAUUCAAGCAAGUAUGGAGAAAAUAACAAGCACAUUUUCUUCAAUAAUCAGUCCACCAGAUACAGAAGAACCAAGUGCUGAAUAUUUCAAGGCUCAAGCUGAUAUAAUUUCAAGUGUAUAUCCUAAUGACGUGUGUGCUAAUGUAUUAAAAGAGGAACUACGAAUUUAUUUCAAAAUACACAAAGUAUCAACAAUUAUUUUUAACGAUAGCGAAAUUGCAUCGAUUUCUAUUCUUAAUCAAAUAAAUAAGAAAGGACUUCAAAAUAUACUACCUCAAAUAUGUAUUUGUCUUCGAAUACUUUCUACCAUUCCCACGUCUGUGUCAACGGGAGAAAGAUCUUUCAGUAAACUGAAAUUAAUAAAAAGUUAUUUACAUUCAACUACAGAAGAAAACCGCUUAAAUCAUUUAAUACUUCUCUCCAUCGAACACAAGUUGGCAAAGACUCUAGAUUAUGAUGAUGUUAUAGACAGCUUUGCUGAAAAAAAAGCUAGGAAAAAGGUGUUCUGA